AUGCCGACAAUGUCGACCCUCCCUCCCGAGUUGCAUGACCCCAUCAUCGACGCGGUCAGAGACGCCGCACCCGGUGCGCUCGGCGCAUGUGCUAGCGUCUGUCGCGCGUGGCAGCCUCGUGCUCACUACCACCUCUUCUCGUCCACCACGGUCCGCGACGCCUGCGGCCCCAAAGCACCACACCGUGACUCUCUCAUCCGCCUUCUCUCCGCCUCUUCGAUCCUCGCGUUCAAGAUCUUCGCUCUCACGCUGUUUCGGUGCAAGCUCGACGACUCCGGCCGGUGGGAGGCCCGCGAUCUCGGAUGGAUCACAUCGCUCGCGAACCUCCACACGCUCACACUGAGUUCGCCUUACUGCCGCUGCACCACUGUGUCGAUGCACGUGCUCCUUCCGGUACUUCUCCAACUCCCCUCACUCGAGUCACUUCUCAACGGCGUCUUUAUCGGGAACCGCACCCGCAUCACAGCCGAGUCUGUUCCCCAGCUCGCCGCGGCCCGUCGAGGGUUCGGAAGUCUGCAGCACGUGCAAUGCAAGGUUUACAUCCCGGUGUCCCUCAAGCGUCACAUCUACCCUACCCCGAUCGAGAUCCUGUUUAACGAGCUCGUCAAGUGGCGAAUCGUCUCCCCGGCCAACUUCAAGACUCUGGAUCUCCCGCAGCACCUUCCUUGGGGCAGCCCGCAGGCGUCCCAGGCGUUCAUGGCUGCAAUCAGGAGGUGGAAGAUCGAGAGGUUCGGCGCGCUCUUCGUCGAGCGACGAGCGCCCGAGAGGCCCACGGAACGGCACGCGCGUGACAUGCUGAACGCCAUCGGAUGCUUCCGCACCCUGCGCUCGCUCGACGUGCACUUCAUCGACAAGAAGUGCUUCGAAGAGUACUUCCUCGUCCUCGCCGACCUCCCGCAGCUGCCCUCUGCGUUCGUAGACUCGCUCGUCACCCACUUUGCGCACGCUUCCGCGCCGCACCCGGGCCCGGAGGAGCCGUCCUUCACCAUCGCGUACCCGCCGAGCCGCCUGGUGUCGCACUGGAAGCCCGCACUCGAGCGGCUCGCUCGUUCGCUCUGCGACCGGAAGCGGUACCCGCGGUUCCGGGGCGUGCGGGUGCGCUUCCUGGUGCGGAACGGCGCGUGUGAGUACCCGUGGCCGAAGGAGGUCGGGCCGUCGCCGAGCGCGACGAAGUCGAAGGGGAAGCUUUUGUUCUCCGCGUUUGAAGACGGCGGGGUGCGCGUCGACGUGGAGGUGGAGACGUUCUGGGUGGAAGGCGUCACGGAAUCGUCGGAUGGCUGGGGCACGCACUUUACGUUCCUAGAUUGA